CUAAAACCAGUCAGUGCGAGUUCAGAGUGCCGCCAGUGCGUAUCACGAAAUUUUUAAAAAAUCGAAAAAUAUUCGAAAUCGAAAUCAGAUGACAUUCUGAUCACGCACUGUUACUAUAUCGAAAAAAAAAAAAAAAAAACGUGAAAAUUUAAAAAAUUGUCUAUUUUACUUUUUUUAAAUAAGUGUAUAUUUUUUUUUUUUAAACUAAUAAUUAUCAACAUCGUCAUCAUCGUCAAGUGUGUUUAAAUAUUUUUUAAAAAUCAAUGAAAACACAAUAUCAUUAUCAAAUGGAUUAAGCAAAUAAGGAUAAAAAGUUUAUUAAAAAAUAAAAAAAAGUGUUAAUUUUGAAAAAAAAGAAAUAUAUUUAAAUAAAAAAAAAAAAAAAAAAAUUAAAUAAUUUUUAAAUGAAUGCAAAAUUCAAGUGAUUGUUCACAAGAGUGGAUUAAAUUAUGGAGAAAGUUUAUAAAAUGGUACAGUGUAAACUUAUGUGAUACCUGGAGGUGUUUGUUUUUUUUUUUUUUUUUUUUUUUUUUAUAUUAAUUUAUUAAUUUAUGAUAAAAAAAAAAAAAAAAAUAUUUAUGUGUAUAAAAAAUCUCAAGUGAUUUGUGUUUUGUGUACAUUAGAAAUAGCCUCGGUACCAAAUUGGUAGCCAGUUAUUUCUAUAAUUUUAAAAAAAAAUUUUUUAAUUUUAUGAUUUAUCAAAAAAACCAACGAUAAAAUAAUUAAAAAAUAAAAAAAAUGGCUGUGUUGAAUAUUUUAGUGCCGAGGAUGUUUGUGUUGUGUCUUUUGACAUUGUGUCAAUUGAGUGUUGUGUUGGGUUCAUGUCAUUGGUCAUCCGACGGUAAUGAAACACGUUCAGCAGUGUGUACAUUGCGAACACUGGAUCCAUCUGGACUUGCUGCAUUAUUACCACCUCUUGAUGGUGCAUUUCGUCUACGUUUAGGAUGUAGUAAUGUGCAUAAUUACGAAAGUAUAAUAUCUGGUGAAAGUUGGAAUCGUUUAAGUGGUUUACAUGAACUGUUAAUUGAUGAUUGUAAAAUAUUACGUAUACCAGAAGCAGCAUUUCGUCCAUUGGGUGAAUUAAAAAGAUUAACAAUUCGUACAUUAAAUAUUAAAUGGAAUAUUGGACGUACAAUGGAACUUGUACCAGGUGCACUUGCUGGAUUACGUGAAUUACAAACACUUGAAUUAAUUGAUAGUAAUGUUAAACAAUUACCAAAAAAUAUAUUGUGUGGUUUAAAUAAUUUACAAAUAUUUAAUUUAACUGGUAAUAAAUUUGGUGAUAUUAGUGAAGUUGGAUUAAAUGAAUUACAACAAAAUAAUGCCGAUUGUCAUAGUGAUAUACGUGCUUUAGAUUUAUCAAAUAAUGAGAUAAAAAAUUUACCAGAAGAUAGUCCAUUAUCUGGUUUACGUCAAUUACAAGAAUUAUAUCUUGAGCAUAAUUUAAUUGACAGUAUUGCCAGUGAUGCAUUAACUGGAUUAACAAGUUUACGUAUAUUUAAUGUUAGCUAUAAUACACUAACAACAUUACCAGAAUCAUUAUUUGCAAGUACACGUGAUUUACGUGAAAUACAUUUACAAAAAAAUGAAUUACGUAAUUUACCUCGUGGUUUAUUUACUCGUCUUGAACAAUUAUUGGUACUUAAUUUGGGUGGUAAUAAACUUGGUAGUGAUACUGUUGAUGAAAUGACAUUUUUAGGAUUAAUUAGAUUAAUUGUAUUGGAUUUAUCAUACAAUACAUUAACUAAAAUUGAUUCAAAAAUGUUUAAAGAUUUAUUUUUUUUACAAAUACUUGAUUUACGUAAUAAUUCAAUAUCACACAUUGAAAGUAAUGCAUUUUUACCACUUUAUAAUUUACAUACAUUGGAGCUAUCAGAAAAUCGUUUACACUCUGUUGGACCACAAUUAUUUAAUGGUUUAUUUGUACUGAGUCGUUUGACACUAUCUGGUAAUGCAAUUACAACACUUGAUCAAUUGGCAUUUAAAAAUUGUUCUGAUUUAAAAGAACUUGAUUUAAGUGGUAAUGAAUUAACAACAGUACCAGAAGCUCUACGUGAUUUAACUUUCCUAAAAACACUUGAUCUUGGUGAAAAUAAAAUUAGUGAUUUUCAUAAUGGUUCAUUUAAAAAUUUAAAUCAACUAACUGGUUUACGUUUAAUUGGCAAUGAAAUUGGUAAUUUAACACGUGGUAUGUUGUGGGAUUUACCAAAUUUACAAAUAUUAAAUCUUGCACGUAAUAAAGUACAACAUGUUGAGAUUGAUGCAUUUGAGCGUAAUACACGUUUAGAGGCAAUACGUCUUGAUGGUAAUUUUUUGUCAAAUAUAAAUGGUAUAUUUGCUGGUAUAACAAGUUUGUUACUUUUAAAUUUAUCUGAAAAUCAUAUUGAAUGGUUUGAUUAUGCAUUUAUACCAAGUAAUUUAAAAUGGCUUGAUAUACAUGGUAAUUUUAUUGAAAAUUUAGGUAAUUAUUAUCAAAUACGUGAUUUAAAAGUACGUACACUUGAUGCAAGUCAUAAUCGUAUUACUGAAUUGACACCAUUAUCAGUACCAGACAGUGUUGAAUUGUUAUUUAUAAAUAAUAAUUAUAUAAACAAUGUACAAGCAAAUACAUUUACUGGUAAAAUAAAUUUAACUCGUGUUGAUAUGUAUGCAAAUAUGAUUGAAACAAUGGAACUUGCAGCAUUAAGAUUAACACCGGUACCAGAAGGUAAAUAUUUACCAGAAUUUUAUAUUGGUGGUAAUCCAUUUAAUUGUAAUUGUUCAAUGGAUUGGCUACCAGUUAUAAAUAACAUGAGUGCAUUACGUCAACAUCCACGUGUUAUGGAUUUAGAUAAUGCAAUGUGUCGUAUUAGUGGACCACGUGGUACAGCAAUAAUAUCAGCAUCAAUGGCAAAACCAGAACAAUUUUUAUGUCGUUAUGAGGCACAUUGUUUUGCUUUAUGUCAUUGUUGUGAUUUUGAUGCUUGUGAUUGUGAAAUGACAUGUCCAUUAAAUUGUAAAUGUUAUCAUGAUCAAACAUGGAAUACAAAUGUUGUUGAUUGUUCUGGUUUAGAUACAGAAGUUAUACCAAAUCGUAUACCAAUGGAUGCAACUGAAGUUUAUUUAGAUGGUAAUCAUUUUUCUGAAUUACAAAAUCAUGUAUUUAUUGGACGUAAAAAUAUGCGUGUAUUAUAUGUUAAUUCAAGUAAAAUUGAAUCAAUACAAAAUCGUACAUUUAAUGGAUUAAAUAAUUUACAAAUUUUACAUCUUGAACAUAAUCAAAUACAUGAAUUAAAAGGUUUUGAAUUUGAACAUUUAUCACAUUUACGUGAAUUAUAUUUACAAAAUAAUAUUAUUAGUUUUAUUGGUAAUUUAACAUUGUUACCAUUAAGAUCAUUAGAAAUAUUACGUUUAAAUGAUAAUCGUCUAGUGACAUUUCCAGUAUGGCAAGUAACAUUAAAUACACGUCUUGUUGAUUUAUCACUUGGUGGUAAUUUAUGGUCAUGUCGUUGUAAAUUUUUACAAGAAUUAUCAUCAUGGGUAUCUGAUAAUGCACAUAAAGUUAUUGAUUCAACAGAUGUAUAUUGUUAUGAUAAUGGUGCUAGACCAACAUAUAGUAGACGUUUAAAUGUCAAUGAAACAGCAUGUACUGAUUAUUAUGCACAAGGUGGUGUUAUUGAUACAAUGGUAUCUGAUUAUUUGCCAAUGCUUGCUGCAACAUUAUGUGCAAUAUUAAUAUUACUUGUUAUAACUGUGCUUGCAUUUAUAUUUCGUGAACCAGUACGUACAUGGGCAUAUUCACGUUAUGGUGUUAGAUUUUGGGCAAAAACAACACAACCAGAUGAUAAAGAACGUCUUUAUGAUGGUUACAUAUGUUAUAGUCCAAAAGAUGAAGAUUUUGUAUUACACUCAUUGGCUGUUGAAUUAGAACAUGGACAAUCUUCAUUACGACUAUGUUUACAUCAUCGUGAUUUACCAUGUUUACGUGCUGCAGCACCAGUUGUACUUGAAGCUGCUGAAGCAUCAAAACGUAUUGUCAUUGUCCUAACAAGAAAUUUUUUACAAACUGAAUGGUCACGUUUUGAAUUUCGUGCAGCAGUACAUGAAGCACUAAGAGGACGUCAAAGUCAAUUAAUAUUUAUACAGGCUGGUCCUGUUACACCAGAAGCUGAUGCUGAUCCAGAUUUACGUCCAUAUUUACAUACAGCAACAACAUUAAGAUGGGGAGAAAAACGUUUUUGGGAAAGAUUAAGAUUUACAAUGCCAACAAGUGAUGCAUUAAGAAGAAAAUCAUCAUCAUUAUAUAGACGUAAUGUUAAUACAUAUACACUUGAAGGUAGACCAGAAAAAGAAACAUCAACACUACGUGUACAUGGACAUAUAUCAAAUAGUGGUGGAGGUGGUGUUGGUGGACAUCAUCAUCAUCAUCAUCAUCAUCACCAUCCAUUAUUUAAAGAUACACCAGAAUUAUUACAAGCACCACCAGCAUACUCAAGUACAGCAACACUUGGUCAUCAUCAUAAUAAUAAUAAUAUAAUUAAUAAUAAUAGUUUAAAUCAAUCAAGAAUUGAACAACAAUGUGGUGGUAGAGAUGGUUCACCAGUUAGUUCAACAGCUAGUCCAAGUCCAAGAUUAACUAUGAAUCGUGCAUACCAAGAUGGACCAAUUGAUGCUAUUAAUGAAAGUCGUAGACCACUUUCAGAACAUAUUUAUUCAUCAAUUGAUUCUGAUUAUUCAACGUUAGAAAGAAAUGCAUGGAGACAACAACAACAACAACAACAACCACCACCACCUGGACAAGCAUAUCUUGUGUAAUUUCUAUCACGCCUUUGUCAAUUGUCUGAUGCAUGUCUAUAUAUAUUUAUUCAAUAAUAAUAAUCAUCAUCAGAUGAUAUGAUAUGGGGGAGGUAAAAGGUGAAAAAUAAAAUACAAAAUGAAUCCACUUGAAAAGGUAUUCAGGCUUGUGUCCAGUCAUCUUCAUAUAUUGACUGCUAGUAAAUUCAAUGACAAUACUGGCUUCAACAAACGGUUUUUUUUUUUCCUUCAAAUGAAAUCAAUUGUCAACAAUUGCCUGCAGUUGAUUCAAGUAUAUAAACAUCUGUAUAUGAAUUUAUAUUUGUCAAUGAAGAAUUUAAAAAAGAAACGUACUACAUUUAUAAUAUAAUAAUAUUAAUAAUAAUAGGAGAGAGAGACGAUCGCAAAUUAAACACAACGUUGUGGAUAACGCCCAACACUUUGAAAUACUCGUUUGUUAACGUCGACGUCUAGUCAAAGGAAAUUGUCUUGGUGCAAGACGUCAAGAGGUGGGCAAUUUCGUAAUUACAACGGAGAGGAGAAAUAAACAAUUAUAUAUGUACGGUGAAAUAAUGAGAGAAUCAAGGAGAGAUUAAAGUAGUGUUUAAAAAUAAGAGAGGGAAAGAGAGAAAUAUUUAAUAGAAAAAAAAAAAAAAAAAAUACAAGUGGACAGACAACGCCUGGUUCUCCAAAGAGUGAGUUCAGUGAAACGUAAAUGGUUGUGUGUCCCUUCUCAAACUUUGAAUCCAAACAUACAAAAACUCUUAGUUAUUUUUUUUUAUUUCUCUCCUCUCUUUCUCUCUGUGUAUUUCUAUUUUCCUUACUUUAUUUCUCCUGAAAAUCCACAUACUUUUCACUCUUCCGCUAUAUGUCUUUUGUGAUAUACUGUACUAUGAUUUUUUUUAUUUUUUUUUGUAUCUUCCCAGUGUCUCCUCUGGGAAUUAUAAAAAAAGGAUAAAAUUACCGGCGAGGUACAUCAACUAUACGCUUAAUAUUUGAAUGACGUAAGAAUAAUAAUUUAAAAAGACAUUUUAUACAAAUAACAAUUUACCUAUUUUUUGUUUUAAUUUAAAAAUACAAUUUUAAUAUUUUUUUAAAAAUCAAUAUCAACUUAUCAAUGCGAUAGUAAUUAAGCAAGAGUUCGCAUGAUUGUUGACAUAAUAAAAAUAUAAUUAAAAAAAAAUGUAAAAGAAUUUUUAAAAAUAGUAUUAAAUUCCAGUUGAUGUAUUUUUGAUCUAGGUCUUUCAUUUUUGUGUAAAGUAAAUAAUAGAUUCCAGUGAAACGCCUACCUCGCCAGUGGCAAAAUUAUUUAAAAUAAAAAAUUGUUUAUUUACUUAAUAAAUAAAUGCUUAAUCAAAUGGUCAUGAAGGAAAUAAUUUAUCUUCCGAAUAUGGCACAGCUGUAUAUAUAAAAACAAAAAAAACUGUAUAAAUUAAUUUAAGAUUUUGUUUAUAUAAAAAAAGAGAAAAAAGUAAAUUAAUAAUUAUAAAAAAUAUGAGUGAAGUGAAAUAAUAAUUUAAAUAAAAAAAAAAAAAAAAACAAACAAUGAUUUUUAAAAUACGAGACUUUAGUUAGGCAAUGUUUUGUAAUUUUAUAUAUAAAUGACUGCGAGAGAAAUGAGAGAGAGCGAGAGAAUUUAAAAAAAAAAAAAAAUUAUUAUGAAUGAAACCAAGUUUGUUGUAUGAUAUGUAAAUAUGUAAUUACUUUUCGCCUGAUGUAAGAUAUAAUCGC